AUGGGCAACGAACAAAGCUCGCCUUUGGCGAACUGCUUAAACUCAAUCUGCAAUGGUCGCACUAAUUGCGUCGCAUACCCAAACACCCCAUUCUACCAGGUAGCAUGGGUCAACCGUUACAAUCUUGACAUUCCAGUGGAACCCGUUGCCGUAACGAGACCAAGCAAUGCGCAGGAUGUUGCCGGAUUUGUCAAGUGCGCCGCUGAACACAACGUCAAAGUCCAAGCCAAAUCAGGGGGUCACUCUUAUGCUACCAUAGGCCUCGGAGGAGAUGACGGUGCUUUGGUUAUCGACCUCUUGAACCUACAACAAUUCUCCAUGGACACGAGCACGUGGCAGGCAACCAUUGGCUCAGGCCAUCGACUAUGGGAUGUCUCGAGGAAGCUGCACGAGAAUGGCAAACGCGCCAUGUCUCAUGGAGUCUGUCCUGGUGUUGGCAUCGGCGGCCAUGCGACGAUUGGAGGCCUGGGACCGUCAUCGCGAAUGUGGGGUUCUUGCCUGGAUCACGUCUUGGAGGUGGAGGUAGUAACCGCGAAUGGGACCAUCCAGCGAGCCAACAGCGAAAAGAAUAAAGACUUAUUUUUCGCUCUGAAAGGCGCUGGUGCAGGGUUUGGCAUCGUAACCGAGUUUGUUGUUAGAACUCAACCAGAGCCUGGAAACGUCGUUGAGUACACGUACUCUCUCAGUUUUGGGAAGCAUUCAGACUUGGUGGACGUUUUCGAGCAGUGGCAAGCUCUUAUUUCAGAUCCUAAUCUCGACAGGAGGUUUGGCUCGGAGUUCGUUAUUCAUGAGCUGGGCUUGAUUAUUACGGGCACUUUCCACGGUACAGAAGCGGAGUUCGACGCCAGUGGAAUUCCAGAUAGGAUUCCCAAGGGGAAGAUCGCCGUUGUUAUUGAUGACUGGCUUGGUGCCAUUGCCGGCCAGGCGCAAAAAGCUGCUCUGUGGCUUUCGGAAGCUCGGACUGCUUUUACAGCGCGAAGCCUGGCGUUCCGUGAAGACCAGUUACUCUCGAGGGAAGAUAUUGCUAGCAUGAUGAAAUACCUGGACAACACAGAUAAGGGGACGUUGAUCUGGUUUCUUAUCUUCGAUGCGGCUGGCGGUGCCAUUGGCGAUGUUCCCACGGAUGCGACGGCCUAUGCUCACAGAGAUAAAAUCAUGUUCUGUCAAGGAUACGGCAUAGGUAUCCCGACAUUAUCCGACCAGACUAAAAGUUUCAUGAACGGCCUUGUUGCGGCUAUUCGUGGAAUUGUUGGUACAACGAUGAUGACAUACCCGGGCUACGUUGAUCCUACUCUGGACAAUGCUCAAGAGUCUUAUUGGGGAUCCAACUUGGCGACUUUGGAAAGCAUCAAGACCCAGUGGGAUCCAAGAGACAUUUUUCAUAAUCCACAGAGUGUUCGGCCAUUGAAAUGA